AGAGUAUAUAACUGCCCUCUACAUCUCUUCACUACUCUUCACUACUGCCCUCUGGUCGCCUGUUUAUGAAACUACUCCACAAACAUGGCCAAUUUUGAAUGGUUUGAAAGUAAAGUGUCAGAAUUAAGGAGCGAUAAUGAAAGAGCUCAAGUGUUAUCCGAGCUGAAAUUGGCAGUAAGUUCUCAGAAUGUGUCUCAGCAAAAAUAUAUUGCCCAAAAUUUACAAUUAGAUGCCGUAUUCGAUUGUUUAAAUUCUUCUGAAAGCGAAGAAAUUGAUUCAGCAUGCCAUGUUUUGAGCUUGUUACUUGGAUCUCUGGAUCCAAGUGUGGUUCUUCGGCAAUAUCUAGACCACUUGCAAAGAGCUUUGGGCCAUCCUACUGCAUCAGUAAAGGAAAUGUCCAUAGCUGAGUUACGGCGUGUAGCAUGUUCUGGUGAUCUUGUUCAUCAGCUGUGUCAGAAUGAUCUAAUACUCAAUAUUGUAACCUGUUUGAGUAAUGAUGAUAUUGCUGUGGCCAAAAAUGCUUGUACUUUGCUUGUUAAAUUGGGAGAAUCUUCAACUGGACUCAAAGUGCUUUUUUCAAGAGAGAUUUUAGAAGCAUUGAGAAAAAUCCAGAAACAAAGCGAUAUCAUUCGUUUUCGUGUGUUUGAGAUGGCAGUGCUUAUAGCUGAGCACUCUCCAGAAGGCCAGCAAGCUUGUGUUAGCAGUGGGUUACUACCUGCCUUAGUAGAAGAGCUACAAACAGAAGAUGUUUUAUUGCAACUAAAUGCUCUGGAGUUGCUGACAAAAUUGGCUUUGAAACCACAUGGUUUAGAAUGGUUACAACAUCGUGGAAUUUUGCGACAAUUGGCAGAAAAAGUUAAUUCUAUUGAAGAAGAACCUUUGGGAUCCUUAUUGCUUCCAGGUUUGAUAAAAUUCUUUGGCAAUUUGGCACAAAGCAACCCAAAGGAAUUCUUUAAUGAGUAUCCAAGAAUGGUCGCAGCUCUUUUUGAGACAUUUGACACCUCAGAUAUGGUUCUCUUAGGAGUUGCUAUGGAGACUAUUGGUUACAUUGCAACAUCCGUGGAAGGCAAAUAUAUGCUCUACAAUUUGGGUGACCUAAUGAAAAAAGCAAUUAAGAAAAUAUCAAAUGGCAUUCAGAGUUUCCCUCACCUUUCUCGAGUUCGUGCUCUCAACACAAUGGCCAACAUAAUCGAACUUAAGCUUGAUGCUCAAGAGACUCAGUCCUUGCAAAUAACAAAAGAAUUUUUUAAUUGGUUAUCAGAGGAGCCCAUGACCUUAGUGAUGAGUGUUUGCCAGCAGCCUUUUCCUGAACUUCGAUUAGCGGGUGUCCAAGUACUCAAGGUACUUGCAGAACAAGAAUGGGGACAGGAGUUAAUUAAGAAACAGCCAGGUGUUGUAGAGUUCCUAUUAGACCGCAGAAUGGAGACACAUAAAUACUGUAAAGAUGCUAAAUAUGAAGUUGUGAAGGUUAUUGUGGAAUCUCCUACUGGUUUGUCUGUAUUUGGAUCUGAAACAUUUACCCGCUUAAGAGAGUUUUUUAAAGAAGGACCUUUCUUUGUUCAGACUCAGACUGAAGUAGCUAUUGAAGGAGCUUCAUAAAACCACUGACAAACCUGUGUGUGACCUUUGUGUGUGCCUUUAUUUCUCAUGUGUACUUUUCAUUUGUAUUGAGUGCUGCCGAACUGAUUAUUAAAUAAGUACCCAAUACCAUCUGUAAAGAGAAUGUAAGUUUUAACAUAAAGCUAUGGCUUUAACUGACUGAUAAAUAUAACAUAAUUACUAUAUUUGAGUAUUGUGUAAUGAAACAAGGCAAUAAAUACUAAAGUUAACUGUAAACCAUUUAUUUGUGUUCAAUUUGUAUGCGUGCACCUUCUUUGAG